CCUGGCUCGGCCGCCGCCGCCGCCGCCGCCGCCGCCGCCGCAGCCGCCGCCCGCUGAGUCCGCUCGCCGCGUCCGCCGGCUGCGCAGCCGUUGGGGUCGGCCCGGCCGCCCGGGGACGCCGCCGCCAUGCUGGCGCUCAUCUCCCGCCUGCUCGACUGGUUCCGCUCGCUCUUCUGGAAGGAGGAGAUGGAGCUGACCCUCGUGGGGCUGCAGUACUCGGGCAAGACCACCUUCGUCAACGUCAUCGCGUCAGGUCAGUUCAGUGAAGACAUGAUCCCCACGGUGGGCUUCAACAUGAGGAAAGUAACGAAGGGGAACGUCACCAUAAAGAUCUGGGACAUAGGAGGCCAGCCCCGGUUCCGGAGCAUGUGGGAACGGUACUGCCGAGGAGUCAAUGCAAUUGUUUACAUGGUAGACGCUGCCGAUCGUGAAAAGAUAGAAGCAUCUCGAAACGAACUGCACAACCUUCUAGAUAAGCCCCAGCUGCAGGGAAUCCCAGUGCUAGUACUUGGAAACAAGAGAGAUCUUCCUAACGCCUUGGAUGAGAAACAGCUAAUUGAAAAAAUGAACCUGUCGGCUAUUCAAGAUAGAGAAAUUUGCUGCUAUUCAAUUUCUUGCAAAGAAAAGGAUAAUAUAGUUCUCUCACAAAGAGACACGUGGCAUCCACGUGCCUUCCACCUGUCCUCCACAGCCAGUGCGACCUCUCCUUAGCCAGCGUCACCCCAGGACAGCGUUUCCACAUCAGGUCACCUGCUGGUGUUCCAGGCACUGUGAGUUUUCAGGAACCACUACAGAAUGUAACUCACCAUCCUUAGAGAAGUGUGCUUUUCUCACUCCUGUCCCUUAGCUGAUUUAGUAAGGGACUAUUUAAAAAGUGUAACAGAGGGAGUCGGGUGGUAGCACAGCGGGUUAAGUGCAUGUGGUACAAAGCGCAAGGGCCGGCUUAAGGAUCCCGGUUCAAGCCCCCGGCUCCCCACCUAUAGGGAAGUCACUUCACAGGCGGUGAAGCAGAUCUGCAGGUGUCUCUCUGUCUUCCUUUCCUCUCUCCAUUUCUCUCUGUCCCAUCUAACAACGACAUCAAUAGCAACAACAGUAACUACAACAACAAUUAAAGUGUAACAGAAUAAAAUGCAACCAGUAAUGCCGGCCUCUUGUGUCUAGGAGGCUACCCUGCUAUUUUUUCUUUAGUCUUCUCUGUGUUGGUUCCAUCAGGUUUAUCUCUGCCUUAGCCCCUAGCCCUCAGACACACUCUGCUGGGCUCCGAGCCUUCGCAGGUUUAGCUGGUGCUGUGCUUCCUUGAAAGGUCACAGGAGCCCGACUGAGAGCCCACCAGCCCCUCACCAGUCCAUGGGCCCCACUCUCAGUCCCCUUGCUGACCUGGUUCUGUGGGCAGAGUCUCAGGGCUUAUGUCCUUUUCUUCUGUGCCCUGGCUGUGAGUGCCACCCCCAGGGCUGAGUGCCACCACCCAGUAUUUGACCUUCUCCUUGGGUUUACUUUGCUCUGCAGCUGAAUUUGGAACCUUUUUCCUUUUAUCCCUUGUCAGCAGCUGCUUGAGACACAGGCGCACAGGGUCCCAGAAAGAGGCCCCAGAAAGCACUGCCAGCCGGGCUCUGAUGCCUGUCCCCAUGCUGUUGGGUAACCUCAGGCCUCUUCUCCCUUUGUCUUCUGCUGAGAGACUCUGUCCAUGCCGCACUCUACACAGACCUCUGUCACCUUGUUGAGUCUCCUAAAAUGAGCUAAUAGCACACCCUGCUGACAGUUCUUCCCACUAAGGAUGGUAGAGUCCAGACCCCCAGCGUCCUGGCUUACACACAGCACCCUCCGGCUCCCUCUGGCCCUGCACAGUUCAGGGGGAAAAGCCGCUUCCCAGGAGACACUGGGGUGGCAUCUGUCUGUCCUGCCUGAGGGUGGCAGGUGGCAUGGUGGCCGGCCGACGUCAGGGGGGCUGUGCUUCUGUGUGUCUGCACUUCUCAGGCCUGCGGCGCUGGGGGUGCCCCACUGCUCUCCACAGAGUUCUUGCGUCUCCCCCUCUUGUCUGGGGCAGACAGGGGCUCCCCAGCUGUCCUCCCUGGCCCUUACACAGAGUGCCUGGUCUUAUGGCAGUGAGCAGAGUUUUGAAUGAUCGGGUGUACAGACCAGGGGCAGGGGAUACAGCACAGUGGUUCUGCAAAAAAACUGGGGUGCCUGAGGCUCUGAGCUCCUGAGUUUAGUCCCCAGUACCACCCCAUAAGCUAGAACUGCACAGUGCUCUGACUCAGUAUCUCUCAAAGAAAGGAAAAACAAUUUAAAGUAGAAGGUGCCCCAGGGGGCGCAGCGGGUUAUAUGCACAUUGUUCGAAGCCGUGUACCUGCACAAGGAUCCAGCUUGAGCGCCUGGCUCCCCACCUGCAGGGGGUCUCUUCGUAAAUGGUGAAGCAGCUCUGCAGGUGUCUCUCACCCUCUACCUCCCCAUCUCCCCCUCCCCCCUCAAAUUUCUCUCUGUCCUGUCCAAA